AUGACUAGUCUUUCGACCAAGCUCGCCGAGCUGGACAAGGCUGGAAAGCCCGUCCAAGUGGGCAUCAUUGGAGCGGGCAAGUUCGGUUCCAUGUACAUUUCCCAGAGCUUCCGUACCGCCGGUAUUCGCUUGGCAGGUAUCGCAGAUCUCUCAGCAGAGCGCGCCUUGGCCUCGCUGAAACGCACUGGGUAUCCUGAAGACAAGUACGACGCUACUGCCAAGCUCUCUAUCUCAGAAGGCAUCAAGGCGGGCAAGACUGCCAUCACUACAGACUCUGCGGCUCUGAUCGCCACCCCCGAGAUCGACGUGAUCCUCGAAGUCACUGGCAACCCCUCUGCUGGUAUCCGUCAUGCUCUCCUUUGCUGCGAGCACAAGAAGCACAUUGUUAUGAUCAAUGUGGAGGCAGAUGUGCUCGCUGGCCCCCUUCUUGCCCGCAAGGCUAAAGAAGCCGGUAUCAUCUACUCCAUGGCUUACGGAGACCAGCCUGCCCUGAUCGCCGAGCUUGUAGAUUGGGCUAGAACAGCCGGCUUUGAAGUCGUAUGUGCCGGAAAGGGUACCAAGCACCUCCCCGAGUACCACUACUCGACCCCAGAUACAGUAUGGAACUACUACGGCUUCACAAAGGAGCAGCUUGACUCAGGGGACUUCAACCCUCAGAUGUUCAACUCCUUCCUUGAUGGAACUAAAUCGGCACUGGAGAUGGCCGCUGUUUCAAACGGUUGCGACCUCAGCCCUCCUACAAAUGGAUUAAACUUUCCCCCUGUGGGCAUUUGGGAUUUACCCCAGCGACUGAAGCCUAUCAGUGAAGGAGGCCAGAACGAGAAGAACGGAACAGUUGAGGUAGUUUCUUGUAUGGAGACAGAUGGACGUUGGGUCUUCAACCACCUUCGUUGGGGUGUCUAUGUUGUUAUCAAGGCACCUGGCGAGUAUCAAAAGGAGUGUUUCAAGCAGUACGGCCUGCAGACAGAUCCCAGCGGCUGGUAUGCCGCCCAAUACAAGCCCUACCACCUUAUCGGUCUGGAACUGGGUGUCUCGGUCGCCUCCAUCAUGGUCCGUGGGGAGCCUACAGGUCAGACCAAGACCUGGUCAGGCGAUGUUGUUGCCACUGCUAAGCGCGAUCUUGCAAUUGGCGAGAAGCUUGAUGGCGAGGGUGGCUUUACUGUGUAUGGGCGUCUGAUGCCUGCGGAAGAUUCAAUGGCCAUCUCAGGCCUACCAAUCGGCCUUGCCCAUGGCUGGGUGUUGAAGCGAGCUGUCAAGAAGGACCAGCGACUAAGCUGGGAUGAUAUUGAAUACACAGAAUCGGCGCAGGCUGUGGCAGUGCGAAAGGAGAUGGAGACUAUUUUCAAGGCCGAGUUCAAGGCUCAAAAGAUCAAUGGAGUCAACGGGCACGCGUAA